UAUUUGUCUACUUUUAAGCUAACUUGCCAACAUUUGGGCAACAUAUUUUGUCAACUAAUGAGUCUCUUGCUUGCCUUGUUUAGUUGUUUUUGUGUUUUCUAACUUCUAAUCCAUCUUUGUAUUAAGUAUUUCUGACUAAUUCUGCUACCUACACGCCGUCACUUUUCCAAUAUGUAAAAUAUGGAGUUGUUUGUCGUAUUCAUUUUUCUUCCAGAAUAACCUAUAGUGUAUUUAUCUAUAGGUGAAACAGGGUUAGGGUGUUUCCCCGGUCACAUCAUCAACCUGCCUUUAAAGCACAUACCUGUUGCAAGAUUAAUUCUAGUGCUUGUCAACAAACAUUAGGAAACUAUGGAAACACAGGUCAGGUGUUACUAUGGCAACCAACGCAGUUUAAAUUCCCCAUACAGGUGAGACAGAGCUGAGAAUCUGGUCUGGUUCUCCUGAGCAGCAAAGAACCGAUGCUGCGUUACAUCUGCGUAGUCACUGUUUUUUCCCCUUGUAUCAUAUAUUAAUGUGUAUUUACUGAGCUAAUCAGAGCUCUUGAACAUGUGACCUGCAACUGUAGUCUAUUUUUUUUUACACAGUCAGGAUUGAAUAUAUUCAUUUUUGUAUUACAUUUUGGGAACUAAUUUAAGUCUUUUUUAAUACAUUUUGGCAAUGCUCAAGUACUCUUGCUAACCUUUAGCUAUAGCCGGACUUUGAAGAUUGUAAACAGUCUGUGGACACAUUAACUUGGGUUUAAUCUGCUGCUCUUAGUACAUGUGAGUGGAGGGUAAAAGUACAGGCAGGCUGUGUUUGUGUGGAAAACGGCUGAUAGUCUGUGACAGGUGCACAGUAAGAGCAGGAGGUCCAGGUCCAGGCGCCUGUCAGAUGCUAAACACACACUCUUUGAUGUGCACUUUGGAUGUGCUGUAACCACAGUGUAAAUCUUGCAUCAAUGGACAGACCCAAUUAGGAUCAUGAGGCCCGAGUGGAUGCAAACUUUUAAAGGUUGAUAUGUAGUUUUUUUGGAAGAGAAUAAUCAAGCAAACAGCAUGUUUUACUUGAUAAACUAAAUUUUCUGCCAGUAUAAAUUGUGGCAAAUUUUGCAUUUGCUGACUAAGUUCCUUUCUCCUGAGAUAAGUCAACAGUUUUGCUUGUCAAAUGAUUCAAACACAUGCUGCUUGGUGCUACUGUUUCUACGUUUGGUUUUUGUGGAGAUGAAGCCUCUUGUUUUCACUGGGUAUUCAUGCUGCAUACCAACAAGACUUAUCAAAGCACCCCGUCUGCCAGAGGAAAAUAUCCAGAUUAUUAAAAAUUCCUAGAUUCUUCUGUAUCAGGUUUUAUUUUGCUCUCAUGCUUCAUGCUGUGGCCUCCUUCUGAAAGAGUUGGAGGGUGAUCUUUGAAGUUCAAACAUUGUGGAGCAAACGGUGAAAAAACAGUUUUUUAACAAUAUAUAUAAAAAUUAGACUUUAUGGCCAAUAAUUCACAGUCUUGUCUAUUUAUGGUUUACUUUUAUCCUGAAUGUUUGGUCAUCUGUUCUUUUGUAUGCCCACAAAAAAUAUGUAACCCAAUCUAUCCUUUAGCCAGCUGCCAGUUUAACGUUACUGAUUUACACAUUCAAAUAGAGAAUACAGGUAAAGUCUUGAGAUUCCUAUGUCUUUACACAUGAACUUGAAGGAGGAAAAGUGAGAGAGGUGAGAGCCUUGGGGGGAGGAGGUGGGGGCUUCACAACAAAACAGCGAGGCCCCCUUGGCACAACUGACUGGAGACCUGCCAACGGCUCACAUUCCUACCCAUUCUGUUGGGACUGGAGGUCUGGAGGUUGGCAAGAGUGGCACCAGGGUCAGUGUAAUUCUGCACGGCUGUGGUACGAAAGCAAAAAGGUGGAUAAGAAGGAUCCAGGUGAGGAGGAGAAGGACGAACAGAAGCAUGGGAAAACGCUGGGCGGCUUUCACUCCUCCCAUGUCCUCAUUGUCUCUUACCGUGUGUGUGAUCGGCUGAAGGGAGGUGCUCAGUGAGGACCGGGGGAGAGAGAGGGAGAGCAAGAGAGAGAGAGCACUGAGGAAAACACAACAUGAGAGACACUGGACUGUGAGCAGAUCUGGAAUGGGGUUUCUUGGUCUUUAGUUUGCUUUUAAGACCUGUCUCUGGGAAAGAAAGACUGUUGGAGUGGACGCAGGAGGCAGGCAGAGGAAUUCCAGGUCACCAAGGUUCCUGUGGUACAACAGAGUCGGCCUGUGCUGGUAUUCCAAAGUCUCACAGCCAUGAGCCUGACAUCAGACUAGAGAAGUGUUUCCGGUAACAUUCUGAGGCGAGUUCUGCUCCCGACAUGGCAUCCCACGUGGAGUUGACCUGUUUGCUCCUGGUGGUUUCUGCGCUGGGAAAGAACUUCCUGGUAUCUGGAGGCUGUUCAGGCAAAUGCUGCAGAGGCAGAGAUAUGACCUGUUCCACCACUGACUGGAGGAUGGACCGCGUUUAUGGGACGUGCUACUGUGACGAAGGCUGUGUUAAGACCCAGGACUGCUGCUUUGACUACUUCACUGAAUGUCCAGCUCAGGACUGUGCAGUGAGCGACUGGAGUUUUUGGAGCGGUUGUAAAAAAAACUGCCAGGCCUCGGAGCGAGUCCGUGUCCGUCAUGUGGAGCAGCCGCCUAGUAACAGUGGAAAACCAUGUCCUGGUCUGGAGCAAAAAGCCGGCUGCAGGGAGUACAGAGAUCGUCAUGGCAACCACUGUGGACUCAACACAGGUCCUGCGUUCAUCACCAGCAUGGAGUUUGGCAGGAGGAGGCCUAAGCAUGACAACUAUGGAAACCCCCUGGAGCCCGGCUUCUGUGUGGAAUUCACGCUGCAGUCCCGGACGCCCCACUGCACUGUGGAGAACCGGCCCCACACUCUUUGGAUGCGCUACAUAACAGAAGGAUUUAAAGUGUGUGUGGCAUGUGAGCCUCCCGCCAUGAGAAACAACAGUAGCUUCUGCCAUGGAGACGGUCAGGAAUCAGACAAAGAAGCUGUGCUCCACUGGGAGGCGGUGGGGAACCCUCGGUGUCGUGGAACGUGGAAGAAGAUUCAGAAAACUGGUGCCUGUGACUGUCCUCCACAACACAGCUUUGUUUUCAUCUGAUCCAAACCAGACUGCUCUGGUGUGGAGUCAACAGCUAAGUCUCACUGCGGACACACUGUCUAAGCCUCACUGGCUUACAAACCCCAGGCUCUUCUUACUGAGAGACUUUACACUUAAUAAUGGUGCAAUAUGCAUUUGGAUAAGUCUCUUAUACACUUCAUUUAUUUUCAUAGUAUUUCAAUAGCAGCAUAUUAUGUGACAAUACAGUAUUUCUUCAUGUCAACAAGAGGUGAUGCAAACAUCAGUAAAGCAUGUAUAAUUUUUAUUUAAAGAAAAAUAGAUAUAUCAAAGUCAAUAUCUAUAAAUGCUAUUUAUCAUAAUUUUGAAAUAAAGAAAAACGUAUUUGAAACAUUAUUUACAAAAACAAAACAAAAAAAAAAUUAUCAACAAAUGUUUCAAAUCAACUGAAA